GCUGGAAGGUAUGAAAACCCAGAGGAGGUUCCCUUUUUCCCUGAAGAUCUGCCUUUGCCUUUAGUUCCUUCAUACAAUUACCCCCAGGUGUUACAUCCAGCUGGCGCAUCUGUGAAUAUAGCCAAGACUAUAUGGAACAUGUAUUUCAAUGAAUUACUUCCACUAUUUACUGCUGAGGGUGAUGAUGGUAAUUAUGCAUCGACAUUGGCAUCAGACCUUGUAUGCUUGCAGGCCAUAUCGAGAAGGAUCCACUAUGGCAAAUUUGUGGCAGAGGUCAAGUUCAGGGAUGCCCCACUGGAUUAUAGUUCUGCAAUCAAUAAUGAGGUAUCUUCUUUUUUCUAUUUACUUUUCAUGCUAAUUCAUGUGUGCUGAUGUGCAUAUGUAUGC